AUGUCACUGGACCUCAACACGAGUAGUAGACUUUUGUCGGUGUUGUGCUCGUCGAGCUUAUUCGUUUUACCAGUUAAGCAUCAUCAUCAGCAAUCCGUGCGUCAUCAGCAUCAGGCCCAGCAGCAAAAAAUAUGGCGGGAUCGUUCCUCGUCCAGCUCUUCCAGUCGACGUCCGAGCGCUGGUAACUUGAAUGGCAGCUUGGGUGGAGAUACAACCGACGAAGAGUUGGCCGCACUUUCCCAGCGUCACUUGCGCACUACCGUGGAAAGCCAAGAAAUGUCUCUACAUUUCAGGGACUCGAGUCUUAACUCUUCCGCAGAUUAUGCUGUGCCAAGUUCAAAGGUAAACACAGUAUUUCGGACUGCGUAUUCAUGCAUUUUUUAAACCUCACGAAGACGCGGUUGUGAUUUACUUGGACAAUAUUUUGGGUUCACGUGCAUGUUAUUACUGAUCAUCCCUGACGUUUUGUAAAAAGAAAUCCUU